GCUCAUCGGUUGUAAACAGAGGUCCUUCCGGUCCCGGGCGCACGUUUCGAUUCCUCCUGAUGGCGCAGAGCUGCCGAGCCUCUCUGACGACUGUGACCGCUCCGCUCCGGCGUCACACUGAAAUGUAGCCGCAACGGCGUCGGAGCAUCCACACAUUGAUUGCAUGAACCGGGGAUGUCUCGUCCCGCUCCGUCCCCCAUCUACACCCUGAGGGGGGCUGGUGGGCCCCUCAACACCCUGCACUUUAGCUGCUUCGGAGGGGACACGCCCCUCCUAUUUUCCGGGUCGGGGAAGGGUGCCAUCCACAUCUGGAACCUGAACAGCAGGAGGGCUGAGAAGAUUUUAGAAGGUCAUUCUGGUAACUCGGUCAUCUGGGUCGACACACUGGAGUCGACAGGCGCCCUCAUCAGCCAGGGACGGGACACGCGUGUCUGGCUGUGGGACCUCAGAGAAGGUCGUAGUGAGGUGGUGGACUCUGUGUGGACCGGCAGCGUUGGAUUCUGUCAGAGCUCUCUGCUGGAGUCGAGCCCCGGGAUCUACCUGCUGGCCUUCGCCGGACAACAGACGGAGGAGAUCAAGAUCAUUGAGCUGCCCAGUAAGACUCCAGUCUGCACCCUGGUACCAGACACCAAGCUGGGGAUGGUGAUGUGUAUCAAACUGUGGCAGCCAGACUCGGGCCCCGGACCUCUCCUGUUGGCGGGAUACGAGGACGGCUCCCUGUUGCUGUGGGACGUUACCCAGAGGUCCAAGCUGAGCCAGGCCAAAGCCCACCCUGAGCCGGUGAUGUGCCUGACCUUUGACACCGAGCGUCUGAGGGGCAUAUCGGGCUCCUCUGAGAAGAAGCUCUCCCCCUGGAUGCUGGACAGACAGAACAACUUGCAGCUCCAGGACUGUGUGCCGCUGGUCAACCCCGGUGUUUCCCACCUGUGCAUCAGGCAGGACGGUAAGCUUCUGGCGUCGGCGGGCUGGGACCAUCGGGUGCGGGUCUUCGGUUGGAAGAGGCUGCGACCGCUGGCAGCGCUUCAGUACCACACGGACAUGGUGCUGAGCGUCGCCUUCUCAGACCACCAGGACCCCAGACGAAGGCUGCUGGCUGCUGGAUCCAAGGACCACAGGGUGAGCCUGUGGUCAAUAUACAGCAGCAACGACGGCGACAACGACGGCUGAACCUCUGACAUUUGGGAGGACUCACACUUUCACCCGAGCAUUCGCGACCGUCGUCCGUGCUGAGGCAAUGUGAUGCAACUGCUGCUGGAUGCUUCCAACGUUCUUGUCUGCUGCAUGGUUUAAAAAAAAAAACUGUUUCGCCAAGUAGCACCAUAGAGAGGCUUUUCUGGUAUUUACAAAUAUAGAAACACUUUGCAACAGCACCACAAACUACACCCUGCAGAAUGAUUGAACUGCUCUUUAAAUGCAGCUUUAUAAAAAUAAAACUUCUUGAAGCUAA